AUGGACAGCGAAUGUCACUGCAAGCAGUACAUCUCUGCUGAGGAGCUCUGUGACCAGCUGUGCCUGCUGAGAGCCCCACGGAUCUCCCUGGGCUUUGGCACCCACAGAGAGCUGCUGCUGAGGAUGAGCGGGGGCCAAGUGAGGGAGGUGUCAAACGUUCUGGGCCCUGAUGAGCACCUGCAGAGCAGCCAGAGGGUGCAUUUGGUUCUGUUCAGCCCCCAGGGAGUGCUGGGGUUCAUUGUCUCCAGCACAGAAGUUCUGGAUGCAUUUCUCAUGGGAGAUUUUUCCUCAGAUCAGCUGCUGUUGAAAGGGGGCAGAGCCCAGAGGAGCUCCCCCAGAGACAGCCAGGCCUUGCCCUUCAUCCCUAACCCCGUGGUGUGUCUGGAAGCAGGGGACACCAUCCUUUUCCAGCUCAGCAUCAAUUCCCAGGAGCGUGCCUCCAGCCAUUACCCCGUCUACCAGAAGCAGCAUCUCUACAACAACAACCCAGGCUGGGAUUUCGGACCCUUCCGAAGGCUGGACCACCUGAUCCAGGAGACUCAGCUCAACAUCUCCUGGUUUGCCCAUGUUUUCCUGGAGCCUGGGACGUUUGUUUUCAGGGACAGCUCCAUUCAGGAGCGCUUCCUGAUUGUGACAGUGCACGAAGCCAACGUGAGCUGUGACCCUGGGGACGGGUUCUUCCAGCCUUCCUCCCUGUUCCAGCUGGCCAGACACGGCAUUUUGAAGCAGCAGAACCUGAACUUGGCUCCCAACUGGGCUGCUAUCACAGCGAUCCUCUUCACCCUGGGCUUCCUCGUGCUGCUGCUGAGCACCCUGGCCAUCGUGUUCCAGCCUGCUGGCCCCAAAAUCAGCCCCCUGAAGAGCUGGAAGCCACGAUGGAGGAGCCUGGGGGAGCCACACAUCCCACCAGAGUACAUCCUCCUUGAGGACAGCCUCAAGUUCUACCAGACUCUCGGUCCUCGUGGAUCUGGGGAAGAUGCUGGCUCUGGAGAGAAAGGAGCAGUGCCCACUGCAGAAAACAGCUUCACACCCAGGCUCCUGGAGGAUUUCAGUGUCCGUACCCUCUAUGACAAGCUGGAGGAUCAGAAUUUGCACUUGGCCUCUCAGCUGGCAAAGCACAGGAUGGACGUGUUGGUGUUCCACAACGGGAUCAGCCAGAGGAUCCAGAGCCUCGUGGACAUGGUGCAAGCUCUGGACUGGGAAGCCCUGAAAACCUUUUCCAGGCAAGGGAUUUGUGGGCAGGAAGCUGCAGAGCAGAGCGAGGCAGCAGUGGGUGCUGAGCUGAGCGAGGGACACUGGAACAACAACUUCCAGCCAGGUGACCCGUGGCAAGAGGUGACAGAGUUAAUGAGAGCUCUGGAAGCGCUGCUUGGGGACACUCCUGAGAGGAGCAGAGCUGCAAAUCCAGAGGUGGAGCUCAAGAUCCAAUCACAGGCUCCAGUGGGAGCUGUGCCCUCCCUGCACAGCCUGGCCAGUGAGAAGAAAUCAGAAGGGCAGGAUCCUGAGCUGCCUCAGCUUUGGGAGCUGUUCAGCAGGAAAGAUGCUUUUUCCAGCCUGCCUGGGCAUGAAGAGCAUGGUUUAGAUCUCCAGGUAGAGGGUCUGGUAGCAGCUUCCCCCCUUGCCAAGACCCAUUGUGAGAUCAAGGAAGCUUUGCUGAAUCUGCAGCAAGCCUCAGCCCUUGGCAAUUCAGACAGCAAACAUCAAACCAGCCUGGGGAGCUCAGGCCUCUAGUGACUGCUGGAUUCCCAGGAUGAACCCUGCAGCUGGAGUAAAGAGGAGCUGCAUUCUCAGAGCAUUGAAGGGACAGGAGCAGGAGUAUUUCAUGUUCUGCACAGUAAAACAGCCACCAGCUCCUUUCCUGGAGGAGCUGAGCUUAUCCUGGGCGAUGGAUGAGGUUGCACUGGGGAGGGAGGGGGUGUCUGGGCCAGAGCAGCAUUACCUGAAGUGUCAGAACAGACACAGAUUUAAUUAAGGAUGCAUUUGGUCAAAUAUGUGAUGAGGAAUCCAUAUUCUUUUUGCUUAACCUUGAAAUAUUUUCACAUUUGCUGUGGAUUUUCAAUCAUUUGUAGGCUGGAGAAGGAGGCUGAAGUCAUUGGUGUUGCUGUUUUUGUGGUUUUUGUUGUUAAGUCAAUAAAGCAAUAAACAGAA